CUCAUCUCUUUGUAAUUUACAGGCAACCCAACAAAAAGAAGCCAUGGUCAAGGAGGCUACAGCACAAGCAAAACUUGGGGUUGGAGUUGAAACCCUUUGGAAAGCUUUGGUUGAAGAUUUGAGAUUCAUCAUUCCAAAGCUCAUGCCCAACACCGUUGAAAACAUUGAGCUCCUUCAUGGAAAUGGUGGCAUUGGCUCUGUCUUGCUCUUCCAUCUUGGCCCCGACGUAAAGAUAAUGAAAACCCAGAAAGAAAGAAUCGUAGAACUUGACGAGACAAAACAUGAAUUUGGGCUAGAAGUGGUGGAAGGAAUUAUGUUAAAAAGAGGGUUUUCUUCUUUCAAGACAACAUUCAAUCUUUCCUCCAUGGGAGAGAAGGAAACCUUAGUAGAUAUCAAGGUUGUUUAUGAGACUGAAAGAGAUGGUGAAGAUGAAGUUGAGAUGAAGGAAGCAGCAACAAAGCCAGCUCUUUCAUUUCUUCAACUCUUGGAAAAGUUUCUUCUUCAUUCAUCAUCUUAAAAACAUGUUUUAUAUUCUUAAUCUUCAUAUUAUAAUCUCUCACAUCAUCAAUUUGGACUAUAUAUAUUGUAUUAUUGUAACAUAUUCUAUAUUUUAAUUUCUAGAUGUUCCAAUAUUUG